AUAUCAAAUGGCAAAUGGGUGUCUAUCACGCAAUUGUAUUUAAAACGAAAUUACAACUCAAAACAAUUUUAAUUAUUUGACGAAAUACAUUUAAAAAAAUGCCUUUAUGAAUAAUAAAAAAAUAAUAAUCCAGCAAUAUUGCCAGCGCUGUGAAAAUAUACUAUAAUAGAUUUAGUUUUCUAUUAUAAUUGAUGAUGUAAGAACAUUGAAGGUCUAAUGCGUGCGUUGUUUGUUGCUUAAAUCUGCAUUUUGGGCAUGGAAAGUGACAUCAUGGCAUCUGGAAAUUGCGAUAAGGAAGAAAAUGAAAGCAGCUCCCAUUCAACGCCGGGAGAACACAAGUCAUUCGCGGAAUUUGCUAAGGACAAAUUGGAUAGCGCUGGAAGGGAGCUUCGUCGGCGGCUGCCAAUGGCUGGCCAAAUUGGUGCUCAUUUGAUACAUCCUCGGAGAUUGUUGCUGCAUUCCACACCGACACAACAAACUGAUGUAGUCCUGAUCUUUCCGAAAGGCUUACCAGACAGCAUGCUUCUCUGGCUAUUGCAAAAGUUACGAGGCAGUCGACCAAGAUUACGAGUGUGCGUACGACAGCAUGCGUCUUCGCAAUGUUCUGCCUUCUAUAUUACUGCUGAUGAUGAUGUGCUCCUGCAAACUGCUGAAGAGAUACAUUUGCCAAAACUGCUUAAGCCGGAAUUUGGAGGUGGAUACAAGGAAUUCACUGUACGCGAUAUGCAUUGCUUUCAUAAGGGCACAUCAGCAUCAGAGCUACUAAAUUCGCAAGAGCGAGGUGCUCUAGUGAAACACGUUUUGGAAUCUGCGAGGGCAGAGCCGGGCGAUGAAAAGGCACUAGAACCAGCGCUUACUUUGAGACCUGGCCAGAGUAUUGUGCCGGCGUGCGUAAGCCGCGGUGUGAUAGCGAGUAUGUUCCCUCUGCACGAGCGGCCCGCGCUCGAGGCUCUGCGUGCUAAAUGGGUGAAGAGCUUCUUUUCGCCGCAACCUUUGGAUGAAAUAAGCGAAUACUUUGGUGUCAAGAUAGCCAUGUAUUUCGCUUGGCUCGGUCACUAUACGAGGUCUUUAACAGUGCCGGCUGUUGUCGGUUUCGUGUUUUGGGUAUGGCUCGGUACAGCUAAUGAAAAUUGGAAGGACAUAGCGCAUGUACUGUUUUCUUUGUUCAACGUUCUGUGGGCCUGUGUGUAUUUGGAGACGUGGAAAAGAUAUUCAAAUGUUCUAGCCUAUAAGUGGGGUACGAUAGAUCAGCGGGAUGACCUAUUGUUGGAACCUCGACCGCUUUUUCAGGGCGAAAUGAGCAUAAGUCCAGUGACGGGUCGUCCAGAGCCUCAGUAUGCCGCGUGGCGUCGCCGCGUGUGGAGGCACUGUGUGUCGUUCCCGGUUAUGUUACUGUGCUUGGGGGUAGCGGCGGCUGCUACUUUUACUUUGUUAUUGGCUCAGGAUUGGUGGGAAAAUAGGAUAGGCUAUUUCAACUGGAUGCCGCGCGCCAUGUUAGCGAUUAUCAUAGCUUUGGAAGAAGAAGCAUACGCGAGAAUAGCCAAGUGGCUCAACGAUAAAGAGAAUUAUCGUCUAGAGACAAAAUAUGAGAAUCAUCUGAUUGUGAAAAUAGCAUUGUUUCAAUUCGUAAACUCCUUCAUGAGUUUGUUCUACAUUGCGUUCUAUGUACAGGAUAUGGAUAAAUUAAAAGAACAAUUAGCUGUGCUCCUUAUAACAAGACAGAUAAUUGGAAAUUUGAAAGAGUCUGCGUUGCCGUAUCUUAUAGAGAACUUGCGGUUGGCGAAAAUAUGUUUUGACGUUUUUGGCGCGUUGAGUCCUACGAAAGUACAAACAUCAGAACAACUAGCGGAGUUAUUCGACAAGGAUAAGCGUACAUCAUCAAGUGAUGCGCCAGAAAUGAUGAUAAACGGUACGGAUAAAGAUAGGAGAGAUUCCGAACCGGUGGUUGGGCAGAAGAUCAUACACCAGGCUGAAUUGGAGUCACAGUUGUUUAAGUACGAAGGCACAUUCGCGGAAUACCUAGAGAUGCUUACCCAACUCGGCCACGUGGUACUAUUCUCAGCUGCAUUUCCACUAGCGGCAUUAUGUGCUCUAUUAAACAACGCAUGUGAAAUUCGAGCGGAUGCGUUCAAACUAUGUCACGUGGCUCAGAGACCGUUUGGCGAACGUGUUAGUAGUAUUGGCAGUUGGCAGCACGCAAUGGAAGCGAUGGUGGCUGUAUCAGUGCUAGUGAAUUGUGCGUUAAUCGGUCUCUCUGGACCUGCGCACCGGCUGUUACCGGACGCUACACCGGCUCAAACUGUACUGCUUGUUGUCGCUUUGGAGCACGUAGUAUUAGUGACUGUAUUAGCAUUACGAAUGGCUAUACCGGAGAUCCCGGCGUGGCUUGCAACUGAAAUGGCCAAAGUGGAGUUCCAACGACGGGAGGCUAUUAACGCUGCGCACGCGCCGCUUUUGUCGGAAUGCACAAGUCAAGACGACAUACGAACAUCUACACGUAACUCGCCUCACAGCGUGACACCAUGCACGCCGAAAACGGACAAAAUCGAAAAGUUCGACAGAAUGGACAAAUUUGACAAGUUCGACAAGUUUGACAAGUCUGACAAAUCGGAAAAAUCGGAGAAAAAUGACAAGCAGGAUAAGAAGAAGAUUAAUAUUGGCAAGAUACCAGAAAUACCGCCUUUUAGGCCUAAAGCGGCGUCCAUAACAGAUCCAGGUGUCACGGGAUCGCUGCAAAUGCUGCAAGAUGUUAGCCCCACAAAACCUAUUUUACGAAAGGAAGGUGCAGGAGCACCCUUAUCGCUUCUCGGCGUGAGAGGGUUAAGGGAUGAGCCCUUACACAGAUCGGCACACUGCAUACCACACCCCACCCAACAUAGACCACUUGUAAACCCUACUUUACAGGAAUUAUCAGGCACUGUGAGUGCAGGGGGCUCGGAGCCUGAUUUGAACGCAGUACCUUCAACGACCUCUAUAGACACUAGCGCCACUUCUAGUGAAGAUGAUAAACCUAAAGAUAAGGAUAAAAGUAGUCGUUCCCGCGCCCGCGCCGCGCUGGUGAAGCGCGUCCGCUCGGUGGCGGUGUUCUCGCUGGGGCUGCGGCGCGCGCGCGAGGCCGCGCUCGACCGCCGCGAGCCGCGCGAGCCCGACCGCCCGCACACCGCGCCCGGUCCCCCCGCACCGAUGCAUGGCGGAGAACUGUCUCUAAUACCGAUAGAGCAGUUAAUUCAAGUGGACGACGUAAAACCGAGACCGUCUACGUAAAACUUCCUAUAGUUACACAUUUUAGUAUUAACAUUUUGUAUUGAACCGCUUGAUCAUUAAUGGAUAGGUCAAUUUAUUGAUUGUUAUUUAAUAAUUUUUUUGUUUUAUUUUCUAUA